UGUCUCUGAGACUGAGACCAAACUUCUCCCACAACAGUUCAAUGACUGAAGACCCGAUGCUGCUGCAGCCUGUUUGGACCUUCAUCCUGGGACACGUCUCCCUCCUGCACUCGCCCUUCUUCCCCGUCCUCUUCUCACUGUCCGUUUACCUGUUUUUCUGCCUGCCUUUCCUGCUUUUGGACAUGCUUUCCACCAGGUGGAAGGCAGUAUGCAGGUACAAGCUACAGCCACAGAGCUCCGUCAGCUGGUCUUCGGUGCGAAGCUGCCUGGCUCUGACACUCUACAACCAUGUGGUCUUCAUCUUCCCGCUCACCGUGCUGCACUGGUACCUGAGGCCGGUCCACCUGCCUGAGGACGCCCCGCCUCUUCCGCGCCUGCUGGCUCAGGUGCUUGUGUGCUUGCUGCUCUUUGACUUCCAGAGCUUCACCUGGCACCUGCUGCACCACAAAGUGCCCUGGCUCUACCGCACCUUCCACAAGGUUCACCACACUUACACCUCCACCUCCGCCCUCACCGCCGAAUACUCGGGCGCCUGGGAGACCCUCAGCCUGGGCCUGUUCGCCGCCUCCAAUCCCCUCCUGCUGGGCUGCCACCCACUCACUGAGCUCACCUUCUUCGUGGUCAACAUCUGGCUGUCGGUGGAGGAUCACUGCGGCUACGACCUGCCGUGGGCCACGCACCGCCUGGUGCCACUUGGGCUGUACGGUGGGGCCCGCCACCAUGACCUGCACCACCUCAAGUCCAAGUGCAACUAUGCGCCGUACUUCACCCAUUGGGACCGCCUGGCCGGGACGCUUCAGAUGCAGGACUGAGCCGCCAGCAUGGUUCAUAAAGGACUUUGAGCCAAUGAGCUGAAAGCAGGACUUUGAGCCAAUGAGCUGAAAGCAGGACUCUGAGGGGGUCAUCUCAUGGACUGAUGAAAACAAAGUUACUGAUCUGAAGACAUUUUCUACUCACAGUCUAUUUAAUUUAUUUAUUCAUGUUUUAUUUAUGAAGGCUUUUCGAUUUAUAACAGGUAAAACAAACUCCUGAACUUUCCUUUCUCUGUGAUGUAAAAACAGACCAAAUUGAGCUGUGAAAGAUGGAUAAGCUGUUAAUACUGUGAAGACAUUAACUGUGUUGCAUUUGGGUUCAGAGUCACACAUUUCGUAUUGAACAGAUGUGCUGGAUAUGGAGCAGCUGGCUUUAAGGACAGGACUCACUGAAGCUGGAUGAUGGAAGUGAAGUGAGAGAUGGAGAAAGUGCUGAGUGAAGCUGGUGAGGAAGCGCUGUGGAGAGCUGAAAGAGACGUGUGGUGUUGGAGGGAAACAGAAAAUGGGACUGAAAAGUGAAAAGUGUGUUUUUCUGCUGUGAAGUGAAACUUUGUGGAAUGAAGGUGAAAUGAAGCUAAAAUAAAGUUUAUGAAG